AUGUAUGCCCGUAAAAACGGUCGCCAGCCAGCUCAGGCCUAUACCAGUCGUCCGCCCGUUCGUGAUCUAAGCUCGACGAUGAAGGAACCGGCUCCUAACAAGGUCUGGAUACGGGUGCAGGUGGUCAUCUUGCGAUUUCUCAUGCGUAUAGGCAUGGUACUUCACAGGUAUCCUCCACCUAUACCACCGAGUCCGUCGUUUGUUCGAACGCUCCCACGCCUGGAACCCGAGUCGAAACGAGUGAAGCUCUACUUCUAUACACCAAAGACGUACGUCAAGGACAAGUUAGCAGGCAAUCGAUAUCCAGUGGUGGUCAACUUCCACGGCGGAGGAUUUUGUAUUGGCAAAGCCACGGAUGAUGCACGCUGGGCUCGCGCGGUGGUUGAAGGCGCAGAUACGGUCGUCGUGAGCGUUGGAUACCGUCUGGCUCCUGAAGAUCCCUUUCCAGCUGCGGUAGAUGACGGUGUUCGUGCGCUUCAGUAUCUCGAGGAUAACGCGGAGGAGUUGGGCCUCGAUGUGUCGCGUGUCAGCAUAUCUGGGUUCUCAUCCGGCGGGAAUCUCGCAUUCACGGUUCCUCUACGCCGCCAUCUACUGCUACAAGACACACCACAAAUCUCCCCGACACCAUCGGUUCUCACCCCAUACGAAACCAGGGAUGAAAGCUCGAUAAAUCUACAUCUCUCUACACUUUCUCAACAUCCACAGGGCAAUACCAGCAGGCCAGCUGCAUCGCGGUCUCAGUCUGCUCAACACCUCCUUCGACAAACCACUACCACUAUGUCUACCAAUGGUAAUAAUGACAGCAAUAACAACUCACAACCAUCAACACCUACAUCAUCUCUAAAGAUAGUCUCCAUCAUCUCAUGGUACCCCAUAGUCGACUACGUUCUCCCUCGUCAUGUCCGCCGCGACAGAAGCAUCUUCCCUUCCAAAACUCUUCCCAAGUUCAUGACCACCAUGUUUGACCACAGCUACAUGCCCCUUGAAGCGAACCGCCAUCUACCCUUUGCCUCGCCCCUGCUAGCACCUCCCUCGCUGCUUGCAGACGCUUUACCAAGAGAUAUAUUCCUAUAUGUCUGUGAGUGGGAUAUGUUACUGCAUGAAGGACAUGAGCCCUGGAUUACUAUUUUAUCGUUAUACAUACUCAUUCUUGCCGCCGAAGAUGAAUAUUACCUCUCUCUCCUCGAUCUCGAGACGGCCACGGACAGGGCCAUGAUGGAAGAGUUUGCGCGUCUUCACAAUUCAAUCCUCCAAAAGGGUAUUGAAAAAAUACCCAAUGCAUCCGAUCACAUCCAGCGGAAUCUAGGACAGCAGGUUCUAGAGAACAAGUACUGGGAUUGGUUCGAUGUCACUGAACUCCCAACCUACUAUUUCCUUACACUGCUAGACUACUACGAGGACCGAAAUAUCUCAUGGCAGCCUUACCCCCUAACACCCUACGUCCUCCAGCCGUCUCCAAGGAACUUUUUCAAAUUUGCAGACUGGAUAGAAGACGAUGAAGAUGAUUACGACUUUAUUAUUCUUCUUUAUGAGCGUCACUAUCUAUCCGAAUUUAUAGAGGAUGGCGGCCUAUUCUUCAACAUGCUCAAUGGGACGGCCUAUUAUUUUGAAUUCCCGGGGAGAUUUCCUCCGCUAGAUGAGUGGCUGCCUUUAUCUGAUGUGUUGGAUGAAUGGCUUGCCAUGUGGGAUAUCGGGAAAUAUUACUGGGACGCUGAAAAGAAGACAUGCCUUAUUCGGGAUUUUGUUGAAGAAGAUGUGCUUAAUACCGUGGAGGCGUGGGACACCCUGAUAUACGAAAUUGAAUCACGACGGCCAGCGAGCCAUGUUGAUAUGUCGCAGGAUAUGGAAUUGGCUCUAUUGCCGCCACUUGAUAUCUCAUUAUUAGAUCGCUACAUGAUAUCGGAUUUCGCCAAACAGCUUCUUUCAACAAUCCGCCUUCCGAAGAAUUUCACCUUCAUUGCUCCUGGAACGACAUUUCUUACCCCUGACCUGCUCGAGAAGACCUACGGCUCUGAGCCUGUUGACUCCUUUCGCAUACAAUGGACCAAGAAGGAAAAAGCUGACUGGUUACCUCACCCAUUCACUACGUUUCCCACUCUAUUAUUCCCCACUCAGCCAGUGACCAGUGUAGGCCCCGAGUCCUACUUUGACAGUAGCUUUGGGUUUGGAAAGUUCACUAUCCAGCGGUUUGGUGGACUAUAUGUCUCGUAUGAAGCUGAGGGUGUAGAGUUUAUCAGUGAUUCAGGUGACAACUCCGCCUUUUGGUACAAUUCUGCGUGCCCGUGGGAGCCUUAUGCGUAUACCAAGGUGUUUGAGGUAUUGGAUAAAUGGACUGAGUUGGUCCGUGACGGGACUUGGACAAUAGAUGAUAACGGCGUCAAAGAAGAUAUUGUAUGGUUUGAUAGAAAUAUGCCACUAACCAAACUAGAUUGGAUGGAACAGGAUAUAUAG